UGCGAUCCGCACCGCGCUGCGGCGAAACGGGGGGUGAAAAGGAGGGAGAGAGGGGGGCAUGGCCGUCCUUCCUCAUUUAGGGGCUGAGAAGUGCCGUUUCCUUCUCCAUUUGCAAUUCUGCCUGGCUGGUUGGUUGGGUUUUGUUGUUCUUUUUCCUCUCUGAAGCCGUUCUGCUCUCUGUUCUCCAGGAGGAGCCGGAGAUGGAGCCCCGUCCCCCCGCCUGGCCGCUGCUCUGCCUGCUGCUGCUCUGCCCGCCCUCCUGCCCAGGUCUGGGUGCCCAGACGUAUUCGGACUUGAAGCUGCAGCAGCCCCAGGGCCUGGUGGUGGUGACCAAAGGGGAGAUACUGACCCUGAACUGCACAGUUUCUGAAUCGGGUCCUAUUGGCCCUGUGAAGUGGCUGAAGGGCUGGGGCAGCGGCAAUCAAACCAUUUAUGAGCACAAAGGCUCCUUCCCACGUGUGAUGACUGCAACCAAUGACUCCAGCACAGACUUCACCAUCCAUAUCAGGGAUGUCCGUCUUGAGGACGCCGGCACCUAUUACUGUGUGAAGUUUAGCAAAGGCAUCUUUGGUGAUGAGGUGUUUAAGAAGGGUGAGGGCACGGCGGUGUUGGUGCACGCCAGACCCUCCAGGCUGGCCGUG